AUGAGCAAGCAUAAGCAUGAAUGGACGGAAUCAGUGGCCAACUCUGGGCCGGCUUCAAUCUUAUCUUACUGCGCGUCCUCGAUUUUGAUGACAGUAACGAACAAAUUCGUGGUUAACCUGGACAACUUUAACAUGAACUUUGUGAUGUUGUUUGUACAAUCACUGGUGUGCACUGUGACGCUAUGUAUCCUACGAAUUGUAGGCGUUGCUAAUUUUUGA